GUAACCAGACCUUCGCUAUUCCUAACACCGCCAGCAUGCCUGACCGCACGUCUGCAACCCGACGAUAGAAAAGUUGUAAAGCCCUUAAAAGCCCUCUUACGCCAUAAUCCUCCGUGUGACCCGAAUUGCCAUGGAAAUCGAUCCUCCGAAGCAAGCACAACUGCAGAUCAAAGAUGAAGACCUCUUCAAGGCCGCAGAGGCGGGCGAUUUUUCGAUCUUCAAAGCCCUUUCAUCAGAACAUCUCUCUAAAGCUCUCUCUCUCCAAAAUGAUGACGGCCGCUCCCUCCUCCAUGUCGCUGUCUCUUCGGGUCACCUGGAGGUGGUGCGAAUACUAGCCAAUGUGGAUGAGUCUAGAAGUGUUGUAAACAACAAGGAUGAGGAAGGUUGGGCGCCACUUCACUCUGCAGCCAGUAUUGGGAAUCUGGAAAUUGUGGAGAUUCUGUUAAGUAGAGGAGCUGAUGUUAAUUUGAAAAAUAAUGGUGGUCGUACUGCUCUUCACUAUGCUGCCAGCAAGGGAUGGUCAAAAGUUGCUGAACUUCUGAUAUCACAUGGUGCAAACAUUAAUCUGAAGGACAAGGUUGGUUGUACCCCAUUGCAUCGAGCAGCAAGUACAGGGAAGUCAGAGUUGUGUGAACUUUUAAUUGAGGAAGGAGCUGAGGUUGAUGCUGUUGAUAAAGCCGGUCAAACUCCACUCAUGAAUGCAGUCAUAUGCUAUAACAAAGAGGUUGCUCUCCUUCUUAUAAGACAUGGGGCAGACGUGGAUGUGGAAGACAAGGAAGGGUACACUGUGCUUGGUAGAGCAUCUGAUGAUUUCAGGCCAAUGCUGAUUGAUGCCGCCAGGACAAUGCUUGAAGGAUGAGUUAUGAACUAGUUUUACAAAGUUCAAAUUUAAUUAAGUAGCUGGAUUAUCAAUGAGGUUUAGGCAGUUGCAUUUUGAUGUAUUUAAGUGUUGCAAUGCAGGAGCCGGUAUUUGCAGCGAUCAUUGCCCUUGUGUUUGAUAAAGUUGGUUCUGUUUCUAAUACUUAAAAAGGACGGUUAUAAAGGUUGUUUUAAGUUGUGGGUCGCA